CCGGCACAAAUUGGCACAAAAGCAAUGGCAAUAAUCGAAAGAAAGGAUUUGAUAUUAGUCCUGGUAUCAUGCCAUCGGGUCUGCUUCAUUGGAACGGAGUUUAAACGGCAGUCUGGUGCCCCGGCCCGCUGGUUCCUCCCUUUUAAAGACCCCUGCCAAUGCACUGCUGUACGUCUUGGAGGGAUAUACACGCCUGCUUCGUCUUACCGCCAGGGGGCGCCCCUCUACCUGGACGAGCUAUUUCUGAGCGAGGACCCUCUCGAAAUCCAAGAUUACUUCAAGUGCAGUCGUACAGAGGCAGGACCUACUGAGCCAGAAACCACGACCGUCGGGUGUUCAACCCCGAGACCGUUAGGGAUGGAGGACGGGACUAUCCCCGAUGAACGGAUCUCAGCGUCCAGUUACAAGGGCCCUUCAGGCUCCUCAGAUGCACGCCUUAACAGUAACUGGCGAUGGACACCUUUGAGCAACGAACGCUCCUGGAUCGAGGUUGACCUCGCUGUGAGUACACUGGUGUCUGGCGUCAUCACGCAAGGAGGCCCAGGGGGCAUGCGGUAUGUCAAGAGAUACCUCGUGUCGUAUCAGAGGCAACACUCAUCUGACCGUGUACAUGUGACAGAUGGAAACGGCGAGGCCAAGGUGUUCACCGGUAACUCUGACGGCAACACCCCGGUCACUAACACGUUCAAAGCAAGUGUGUUGGCCACGACAGUGCGCAUUGAGCCAACUGAAUGGCAUCACAACGUUGGACUGCGAUUUGAGUUGCUUGGAUGUCGCCUUGAUUAAUUCACUCGUUUCGCUGCUUGCAGGAUUGUAUGAUAUUUUUGCAGUUGAAUAUUACUAACCGGAAAAUAAACAUCAAGAUGACUGUGGUCGUUAUGGCAAAACUCUGAACAUGCUCUAAAGAAGGUGAUUAAAUUGGUAUAAAUAAGAACAAGCUGUGUGUUUGAAUGAACAAUUUUUGGCAGGGUUGUAAAUGUUUCUAUUUAAAAUGUGCGUAUGAGUUAGUAAAAGAGGCAUUCGUGUUAUAGUGCAAAAUACUUGUUUUAAUUCACUUUUGAAAAAAAUAAGCGCACAAUUUCCUCAGAGUGGCACCAAAUUAAGUAUACUAAGUAUUCAUUUUAUAUCUAAAUCAAAGGCACACUCGUAGUCUUGUAAUCUAGUUUUCUAAUCUCAGUCUAGUUUUCAAAUGAUGCGGAUAAUUUCCUGUGCGGAGUUAACUAAUUAAGGCAUGGCUGGUCAAGCAUUUGAUUUAAUUUCUGUAAUAUGUAAUUAACGGGUAAAAUGUUCAAUUAUUUAUAACUGAACUUAACCAAGUAGUUUAGUCUUUUGAAACAUAUCAACCAGUGGAAUACAACCCAUAUAAAACCCUGAUAUUUGCUAAUUAUUUGCCACAAUGGCAUCAUGUAGCCACGUGUCACAACUCUCUUCUGCAAUAUUCUCUUUUACAAUAUUGUGUUUGACAAAUUUUACGCGCUCCCACAAGCAAAAGAUUAUUAAUGUCAUAGUUACAUUAAUGUUACCAAGGUCAAACAUCUUGAAAACAGCAUUUUUUUGCGUUUUCACGAAGAGACAUAAUGUUUAACGUCCUUUGAACAUGUACAAAACGUAUUGCAAGGAAACGGCUGAAACGUAGAUCAACCGGGAUUGGGGUUUUUACGAAGUGACGUAAGCUUUGUUACAUCCACAGCUGAGCAUGCGUAAAGACACAAUCACCUUCCCUGUUAUUAUUAUGCGUUGGACAAAAGGACGUUCAUGUACAAAAAAGGUAAUUUUUGUUUUCAAGAAGUAACGUUAACCUUUGCUAAUUAAUUUUGGCUAAUUAACCCCUGUUUGGUACUAAUUCUACGAUUAGACAUCAAAGAACCAUUUAGGGGAUUUUUUGUUACAUAAUGUUGUCACAAAAUACCUAUUUUGGUAGUUUUUUAAGCAUUCGAAUCAGUACGACACUCCACGAUCAACACAACCACAGAAACGACGCAACAGAAUCCACCUUGAGCACCCUCUCAUCGGUUGAAAAGAGUCAUGUUGGUGGGAGUGUCCUAGUAUAAUGUUAGUAGCAAUGCCACCGCAACGCACGCAUUUCGAAAUUAUUCGUGACCAAGCGAAGUGAAGGAGACUUCGUUGGUAGGAAAAUUGCGCCAUCUCUUGGUCACACUCGUGGCGCAUACGUACUCAAAGGUCAAGUCCCAGUGGUUUGUUCUCCACACAUUAUUUCUAGUUCUCACACCCAAACGGCGGGAAUUUGGCCCAAGAACGCUGUUCUCGGAACAGGAUCACUAUUUUCCAAGUGUCUUCAGGAAACGUAGAAGGAAAAAUCAACCGUCGUCCUAUUUGCCCUGGAUUGGUCUACUCAACCGCGAUAUAAAAAAAACGAGGGCUUAUCUGUCUGUUUGACAACAGAACAGAGGGCUUUUUCGCAUUCUGAUGUACAUUUGAACAACUCAGGCAUCUUCACAUCAAGUCAUUUUCGUAUACAACACUUCUCUUUCAAGUUAUUUACAAGGUUUCAACCAGAUAUAGCAUGUAUUUCAGGAGAUCUAGGGCCUUAAAGUGUGCACCUUUAAUGUCACGUUACUUGUCUCCUGAUCACGUCAUCAUUAUAUCAGGUCGAUAUUUCUCU